AUGAGAUCUAAUCGGCAUCUGGCCGGUUUCUGGCAAGGCUCCGCAAUCGGCAAUGUCGAUAAGGAAUACGAUCUGCUCGUUGAACACCUUUCACGAUUGCAUAAGGAAGACUGGGAGUUUUGGAGCAACCAAGAGACGCCUCCAGAAACUCUUGACCUGGUACGCCUGCGUGCAGCAGCACGAGCCGCAGGUAACCGAGAAAUCAUGACACUGCUUGCAAUGCAUGUGGAUGUGGAAACAUGUGGAUGUGUUGACGUUCAGUUGAAUUUGCAAAAGACGAUGUUUGUGAGAAAUGGAUAG